AUGGAGAUGGGGCGCGAUCUUUCAGUACUGCAGGCGCCGACCUACGUGCUUAGGUACCUAGGUACCUACCUACUCUACUCACCUCCUACUCAUCGACCUUCACCUCCUUCACCUUACCUUGUACAUCAACAAACGCCACACGCAGCACCACCCCCACAAUGCUCACGCUACGCCCUUCCCUCCCCCUCCCACGCAGCCCAUCCCACCGCCAGCGCCUACGCCUACGACCACGGCUCCUCCUGCUCCUCAUCCUCCUCGCCCUCCCAGCCCUGACAGCGCUGUACUUGCUCUCGCACACGCACGGCACCAACCACACCACCAACAACCCCCACUCCAUCAACACAAACGCCCCCAACACAAAUGCCAAAGCCCCCACCACCCUAGACAGAACCAGCACAAGCAUCCCGGCACGCCUCAAAACCUGGUGGCACCACCACGUCCACACGCACACCAAGCCGCCAGCCCCACGCAUCGCGAAACUGACCCUCUUGCUGUCCCAAUCCCAGCCGCCCGCACCCGCACCUGCGUUAGCAGGCCGGAAAGGCCGGAAAAACAUUCUAGGCACAGAAAAAGAAGCAGAGAAGGAAGCAGCGGCAGAAGAAGCAGUACUAGCGCGCGCACUGCGCUCGCACGCAGCGCACGCGGCGGCGCACGGGUAUGCGGAGCGCGUCGUGCGUGUUGCGUGGGGGGAGGGGGGCAACAACGACAACAACGACGACAUCGACAACGACGACAUUGACAACUACAAUGACGACAACGACGCUGACAUCGACAUCGAGGACGUUGACGAAGACGUCAGUUCCGCGCACAGGGGUACUGGCCACAGUAACAGUAAUAAUGGAGUAAACAGCGCACUCCUCUCCUACCUCCGCACCGAGAUGGCGCUCCCCCCCGCAGAGCGCGCAGACUGGGUCUUUGUGUUUCCUGGCACGAGCGUGGUACUGAAUCCGUUGGUCGGGCUGGAGGCGUUUGUGCCACCUUCUUUGGGGGAGGGGGAGAGGGAAAGGGAUGUGGAGGAGUGGGAAGGGGUUGAUGUCGUUGUUGCUGAUUUGGAUGGGGAGAGAAGGGGGAUGGGGGAGGAAGGGAAUGGUGAUAAGGAUGGUGGUGAAGACGCCCUCAGCCUCGACCCCGCCAUCGCCGUCUUCGCGGUACGCGUCUCCCCCCGCGCAAUCAGCUUGCUGCUGCGCGCGGGGCUGGGCGACAACGAACCGCCGCCCCCAAUGCGCAUGCGCACGCACGGCGCGCCGCUGCUGCCGAAGCUGUCACCCCUCGACGACGGGCCGCAGGACGUGCCUUCUGCUCCUCCUCCUGCUCCUGCGAGGAAAAGACGCGUCCUCCACGUCCCGCGCGCUUGGCUCGACGCGUACCCCACGCCGCCGGCAACGUCCUCGCUGGACUCGGACCUGCCGCCGCAGCACCACGACCACGUGCGCGCCGGCGCGUUUGCGCUCUCCCUGCCGCUGCCGCGCCGCCACAGGAGCGGGAGCAGUGGUGCGUGGUGGGCGCGGAUGGGGCGGUGGCUACCAAGGGAAGGGGAAGGGGAGGGGGCAGGGGACGCAGAAGCAGAAGCAGCGGAGAGGUAUGCAGAGGAAGCGGCGAGGUUUUAUGGGGGCGGUGGGGCGGGGCCUGAUGCGGGGGUUGACGUUGAUGGGGGAGAGGAGAUGAAGAUGGCGGUCGGGGGUUGGGGAGGAGCCGAGGGUGAGAGACGCGGUGGAGGAGUUGCGAGACCUAUGCCACACGCGCGCGCGCUGACUGAUGCUGUCACGACCUCGCACAGGCCACGACUCUUCUCGCCAGCGCGGGGCGGCGACUCGCCGAGAGCACGACUACCUAGGCAGGCUGCUGGCGCCGUGGAGCGGGUCGGAGGCGCUGGGCCGGAUGAGCUCAGUGGAGGCGGCGGGCGAGCGAGUGCGGGAGCGGGCGAAACUGAGGCGGGGUAAAGUGGGGAGAGAUGAUGGUGGUCGAUAGGUAGUAGGCGAAAAAGAACGACCUGAGGUUGACGUUGGUGACGCACGGCGAGACACGCAUAAGUAAUGGGACUCGACGAUCAGUCAGAGGGUGACACGGUCAGACGCGCGUACCCGUGGUGUUG